AUGAUGCGCACUGUCGUUUCGAGUGGCAAUGAUGCACUCAACAUUCUCUUCGAAGCUGCAACUGCUCAAGAAGAAAUCAGUCUUGAGGCUCGCUCUGAAUCUCUAGCUGGGCCUCCGUCUGCAGGCCCGAGUACCCAAGAUCGACAAGAUCGAACACCCGGAAACAACGAGUCCGCGUUUGAGUCGAUGGCACGGGUAACACGUCCUGUCAAGCUAUCCGAUGCCACCCAAGACACUCUCAAUGUCUGGGAGGCCUGCCGGUUUGUCAAAAUGGGUUUAUUCACUGCUAGAGAGGCUGUAACUUUUACUGAUCUGUUCUAUGAGAACAUGUCAUGUCUAUCUCCGAUCCUGACUGACUUCUACGCCAAUCAUCGAUACCACCACUGGCUGAUUACUCGGGAGCCGGUUCUAUGCUGCACCAUUCUCAUGAUCUCUUCUCGCUAUCAUGUCCUUCCCGGAGCAGGAGGAGAGUCGAGGAAUUUCUUCAUCCACCACCGACUAUGGUCCCACUGUCAGAAAUUGACAAUGCGGCUUAUUUUUGGGCAAGAGAAAACAACCAAAUCCAAGGUGCGGAGUCUUGGUACUGUGGAGGCGCUUCUGUUGAUGUCAGAAUGGCAUCCUCGCGCGCUGCACUUCCCGCCCGAGACGGACGGCUGGGAUGAUGAUUUAAUUACAGCGAUUCCCAACAACCAUGAUAAUAUUGAUUCAAGCUCAGCACCUGGCAGUCGUGGGGUAGAGGAUAUAAUUGAACCAGCACGUCGAUCUGACCAGAUGUCCUGGAUGUUGCUUGGAUGUGCGCUCUCUCUUGCACACGAGCUGGGUAUAUUUGAGACAGAAGGAAGCACCUCACCAUCCGACGAACCGGAAUGGGGGGAUCAGAUGGCAAUUCGCUGGCAGCGCGUACAACGCCUGCUAUACGUCUACAUCAAUCAGUUGGCUUGGCGGAUUGGAUGCAUGUCACCGAUUCCCCAAUCAUUGAACCAUGCGAUCCCGGGCACACAGAAGCCACAAGGACUGAGUCCACCGGGCAGCACAUGGUUGACGUUCAUGGAUUCGUGGAUUGAGCUUACCAAGCUAGCCAAGUCUGUCACCGACAUGUUCUUCCCCUCUGCCGCGUUUGCACGCCAACUUCUGCACAGUGGCCGAUAUGUUGGUCUUCUUGAGCAUUUCCGACCUCUUCUGAACCAAUGGAAAGACAAAUUUCUACAGCCCCAGGUACUCGAUAAAGCAUUCUACAACGAUCUAUUCAUCGAAUACCACUUCGUCCGUGUUUACACCCAUUCAGUGGGAAUGCAAGCAGUAGUGGAGCGUGCUGUCGCAGAGAACGGCCCCAACAACUUUGACGGAGUGCGACCCAUGACCAUUGAUCCAACAGACUACGAAUACAUCCAAGAGGUGAUCUAUGGAUGUGGCCAAAUCUUGCAGAAAGUCACCCAUCUAGCCGAAGCAGGGGCUUUGCGAUUCUCUCCAGUCCGAAUUGUCCUUCGCAUAACUAGCGCCUCGAUAUUUUUGAUGAAGGCGCUCAGUCUGGGCACCAGACAAGCCAAGCUCCAGGAAUCAAUUCAAAUCCUCGAGAGGAGCAUCAAAGCCCUCAAGUCAAAUGCUUUGGAUGAUGUGCAUCUCAGUACGCGGUAUGCCGCGCUGCUAGAAAUGCACGUUUCGCGCUUGCGGCGCAAUCUGCUUGCAUCGUCGAAAGUCGUGAAAAGUAGUCAAGACGCCCCAGGAAGAUCAUCCAUGGGGCCCCCUCCUUGGCCGGACAAUGGUGACCGACCAAAUCUCAGCAGGGCCUCUGUAUUGCAGGACCCACCACCUGCUAUGGGAUACAUCCCGUCGUUGAACGAUAUUGGUGCAGACAAUUGGCUUUCGCUACCCUUUGACCCAUCGAUGGCGCCGUUUGAUAUGAGCCAUGGAUGUCAGUUCCCGAUGUAUGAAGGUGGGACAUUAGAUUUUCUUUCAAAUCUACCAUCGUGA